AUGGUAUCACGUACAACGAGAACAAGUACCAGGACCACACUAGCUGCGAAGCAUUGGCCCCAAGUAACACGUUCCACUUCCACAAUCAUGACCGGUCUUGGCCGCGCCGGUAGUUGCUACUUAGCGUUGGGCUUAUGUGCUCCGUCCGCUUCUUCCUCCUCGCGCUCGAUUUUGGGCGCUUGUAAUUCACCACCCCCUGCCCUAUUUGUAUUUCUUGAUAUUGUACAGACAGCUGCAUUUUUAACUACACCUAUAAACCACGAAGAGAAAGGAACGCCCGAGGGUGCGCAUGCAUUACGCGCAACUUCUGACAGGCCGCACACAGAACCAGGCAAAGAACACCAACACCUCACUUGUGCAAUAGUAGAGAUCCAAAGCGACAGAAGGAGUAGCAGAAGCAAGCAGGACCAGAUGAUCUUCGUUGAUGCAAUAAACGAGAAUAUAGAUCUGAAGGUGGUCAUCAAGUUCAUGCUAGUGCUAGUAACACGCGUACUCCUGACGAAUUUGCCUUUUGUGAAAUGAAACGAAAGCACAAAAAUGAAGCAUC